AUGACACAAUCACAACUCACAGCAACCUACACCUCCCCAUCAACCACCAAAUCCUUCACUUCCUCAUCACUACUCCCUCCAAGCUCCGAGACAGUGGAGGAAAAGACAACCUAUCUAGGAGCUCUGCGAGCCAAUAUUUCAACUCUACAGGGCGAAAUCAAUGCUUUUUUGACGCAGAAGAUGGAAGAGGAUAAAGUUGCAGAGGGCAGCGGCGACUACUCGAAGGUUUCUUCUGCUGCUGCUGCUGCUGCGGAUGAACGAGAAGAGGACUUUUAUGGCGAGGAGGAUUUUGAGAAGGAUGGGUGA